GGACCAAUCACAGACGAGCAGACUGCAGCGAGGGACUCCAGUUCAGUGGGAGAUGGCGCCCAGCUCGAAAUCCGAAAAGGACGAGGGCAAACAGAAAGCUCAAAGAAAACACAAAGACCAUGUCGUGAAGCUUUUAAUGCGUGCGAAGCUUUCAGGAAGGAUUUCUCAGCGCCUGUUCAGGAAGCUGCCACCUCGAGUGUGUGUCCCUUUAAAGAACAUAGUCAGCGAAGAGUUCCUGAGAGCAGGACACAUCUUUCUUGGUUUCACUAAAUGCGGCCGCUAUGUGCUGUCCUACACCAGCGACUGUGGAGAAGAUGAUGAUUUUUCUUUCUAUACAUACCAUCUCUAUUGGUGGGAGUUCAACCUACACAGUCGGCUCAAACAGGUCCAUCAUGUACGUCUGUUUGCUGGAGAGGAAAUCUACAGUGACCUGUACUUGACUGUGUGUGAGUGGCCCAAUGACCACUCAAAAAUAGUAAUAUUCGGCUUCAAUACACGCAGUUCAAGCUCUGUUCUGAUGAACCUAAUGAUGAGUGAUGAAAACAACAGAGACAUAUACAUCACUAUUGCCUCCAUGCCUCCUCCUAAACCUUGUUCCCAGUGCUGCCCUGUACCCUCAGCCACUACCAUACGCACAGGAAGUGGUGAGUGUCUGGAGCAUGGCUAUGUGCUCAACAGCAGGUACCAGGUGGUGUACCCGUUCCCAACUUUCCAGCCCGCUUUCCAGCUGAAAAAGGACCAGGUCAUUCUGUUAAACACAAGCUACUCUCUGGUGGCAUGCAGCAUCUCACUCAGCCCAGGUAAACAGGGUCAGUCAUCGCAUAUCCUUUACACAAAAAAGGCAGCUCUGUCGAUUCAAGCACCUGCCUCUUCUCCCUCCACCUCCUUGGCCUCCUCUUCUCCUUCACUACCUCAGGGAUCUACAGAAAGCCAGGUUUCGCCAAGCAGACCCGUUCACGUUCCCUCAUCUCCUAGCCAGUCACAGGCAGCUCUGCGAGCCCGGGAGUUUGCUGCUGACCUCUUCAGACGGGCCCAGGGAGCAGGAGGAGGGACAGAAAAUGAAGGCCAGGCGGAAAGGAAAACUGUUGAUGGUUGUGAAAAUGAAGCAGCACAGAGGCCAGGAGAUGAAAGGACACAUUUAGAUGAGAGGAGAGAGGAGCAUGACUGUAGAGAGAGGAAGGAGACAGAAAGAAGGACUUGUUUACCAGAAGCAUCAACAUCAGAUGGGAGCCACAGUUUGCCACCAUGCUCUGAAGAAGUGAUGUCUCCUGCCUCCUCUUCCCUGUCACCGUCCCCGUCAUCGCCCCAGACACCCUCUUCAUCCCAGGAGGCUGCCCCAAGCGAACCCGGGUAUGUCAACUAUUCCCGCCUUCACUACCGCCUCCAACAGCCAGGAGCAGCAGAGCAGAAUUCAGGAGAUUAUGAAGAUGAUAAAGUUCAGCUACCAUUCACGGUCACUGACCUUAAAGGAAGAAACCUGCAGCUGGUGACUGAGCCACACAACGGACAGACUGUGUGUGUGGAGCAGUUGACCCUGGACUUUGAGUAUCUUAUAAAUGAGGUGAUCAGGAGCGAUGCAGCCUGGGCUCCUCAGUUCUGCUCCUUUAGCGACUAUGAUGUUGUGAUAUUGGAGGUGUGUCCUGAAACCAACACAGUGAUGAUCAACAUCGGUCUGCUGUUACUGGCCUUCUCCAACUCAGAUGAGGAGCACUGCAGGCCAAACACAUACCAUUCCAACCUGCAGGUCAGCUGGGACCUUAACACAGGUGUCUGUCAGACUGUGGGUGUUGGUGACCUGACAGAGGUCAAGGGUCAGACAAGUGGGAGUGUGUGGAGUUCUUACAGGAAGUCCUGUGUGAACACAGUGAUGAAGUGGUUGGUUCCAGAGUGCAGCUCCCGCUACAUUAAUCGCAUGACCAACGAAGCUUUACACAAAGGCUCGUCACUGCAAGUGUUGGCUGAUAGCGACCGAUGUACCUGGAUCGUGUUAUGAAAGGAAAGAGGGGGACGCGUAAACACUCCGAUGCACGUCAACGAGACCUCAUCGCCAGUGUUGAGCUCAACUUUAAUCUGAGCACUGCUGCACAUGUUCAAUGGAUCUAAUUGUUCAAAACCUGGGUCAAAUUCAAACAGAGCAAAGAACUCUCUAGGUUAAAUACUGUAAAGAAUUUUUUAGGUGUUCUGUGUUUAAUUUGACACCUUUCAUAUUUUUUUGUUGUCAUAACCACCAAAACAAAGAGCUGGACUUAACCAAGAUUUAGUUUUUACAUUUUUAUACAUUACGUUGUACUGUUAAUGUAGUGUGAGCGUUUCUUGUGCUUGUGUUUGUAACUGAGCGCAUGCAAUAUCUGCACCUGUGUGAUUUUCUUACGGGGAUUUCAUCCAGAGAAUAAAAGUGUGUGUGUUGGAGUGUGUGCAUGUUGGAUGUGUUGGUUAUAUUUGACAGAUUCAGCUGCUUCUGAACCAUUUCAGUGUAGCGGCGUUCAUGCAAAAAUGCUGCAGUAUUUAAAGUCAACAUGUCUAAAAUGUUUUUUUUGUUUUUUUUAAGUAUGUCAUAGAAGUGGUGGGUUUGUUGGAGUCACCUGUUCAGCUGGUUAAUAUCACACACCAUGUUAACUGGCAUGUAAGUAAGACUUUGUUCUAUUGGAAUAUUUUGUAAAAAUAAAAGGUCCUAAGUG